UCACGAGAUUUUUUUCUGCUGUAGUCAUAUGACAUUUCUUCCGGGAUCCUGGGCUUCGUCUAAAAAGAAACGCGAGUUAGCAAAAGAAGCAAAAAAAGCUUGAAAUUAUCAAAUAUCAUAUAUAAAAUAUUUAAACGGAGGAAAGGAAAAUAUUUGCUAACAUUCAAGAUUUGGCUCGCUUUGGUAAAAUACUGCGGCGCUAGAUUUCUUUAACUAGUUGCUGUAUAUUGUUUUUGAUAACUAAAAAGUAUGGAUUGUAUUUGAAUUAUAAAUAACGUUUAGCCGAUUAGUGCUAGAGAACCAAAUACCGAUUUGUCAUAAUCAUUUGUAUGCGCUACAUUGAGUGGGCGACACAAUCGUAAAAAUACGAGCCUAUACUGCGAAAAUCUGCCAUAUUGCUGGUCAAAAGGGAAAUGGCGAACCGCUAAUCGUUGUUUACUUAUAUAUACAUUUAUCGGUAGCUGUCUUGAGACUUUUCUUUUUAAUUUUGCAUUUGAGUAAAGACCGGGGUAUUGUAUAUCUGCGUCAGACUGUCUCUGGGCUUAGAACCAUUUUCAUCAUUCAUUUGGCACUUAUAAUUCAGAUGUGGGAAUUAUGUCGCAGUAUACCAGUUUUCCAGAACCGAUGGAUGAUCACAAUCCUUUUCAGGACCCUGCAUUGACCCAGCAUGGCAGCAACACAGAGUAUGCGACGCUGGACCUCUACAAUCCUUUUGAGGACAAGCCGAUGCAGCCUCCACCUCCCUACUCUGCUACAGUCCCCACUGCUCCUCCUGUUCCAAGCCAGGCUCCGCCCACCCGGAUCACGCCCACCGAGUCCCGCAACUAUGGCUCAUACACCACUCAGCCGUCAGUAAAUGCAACCACGGCUGAGCUGCUGAGAAGACAGGAGGAGCUGGAGAGGAAGGCCCGCGAUCUGGAACGGAGGGAGCGGGAGCUGGGCUCCCAUGCCCUUGGGCCUGGAGCAACUCGGCAGAAUAACUGGCCUCCCCUGCCCUCCUUUUGCCCCGUGGGGCCGUGUUUCUACCAGGACAUCACAAUUGAGAUCAGCCAGCAGUUCCAGCGCACUGUCACCAUCAUGUACUACUACUGGAUCUUCACGGCCUGUAUCCUGCUCUUCAACCUCAUCUGCUGCCUGGCCCAGUUCUGUGUUGACACGACGACUGGUGUGGGGCUAGGCCUGGCCAUCCUCUGGGUGAUCCUCUUCACUCCCUGCUCAUUUGUCUGUUGGUACAGGCCUGUAUACAAAGCCUUCAGGAGUGACAGCUCCUUCAAUUUCUUUGCGUUCUUCUUCGUCUUUUUUGCGCAAAUUGUUCUGUAUGUCUUGAUGACUAUUGGCAUUCCAAAUUGGGGAUUCAGUGGCUGGAUCGUCAGCCUGGCUACCCUGAGGAAGAACGUGGCUGUGGGUGUGAUCAUGCUUUUGGGCGCUGCCAACUUCACUGCCCAGGCUGUCAUUGGCGGCGUCCUGCUGAAGAAGGUCCACUCUCUGUACCGGCAGACGGGUGCCAGUUUCCAGAAGGCACAGGCAGAGUUUGCUACAGGGGUGAUGUCCAACCAGGCAGUACGACAGGCCACCGCCACUGCCGCUGCCUCUGCUGCCCAGGGGGCCUUUACGGGGGCGCGAUAAGGAAAAGUGACAUCAGAGGGGAGUGGCAGUUAGGGUACAUUGGAGAUGUUAAUUACCCUGGUCACAGGAAUUUGGGGUGUUCUGGGGUAAUUACACAGAGGAACAUCUGUGGCACGUAUUUUUACAGAAAUAAUUUUGCAUCACUCACAGUUACAUAUACUAAAUUUAAAAAGUAAAAGUGAAAAAAAAAGUGAAAGAAAAAAAGUAAAGGAAAAAAAAGUUAAUAAAUAAUAAUAAAGCACUGGGAACAGAAAGUGAGAGUAAUAGCCUUAGGGUGAUUGAUUUCAUUACAGUAUUACAGAGAAUAACCUACUACAUGUUUCAGACUGAUAAAUAGAGGGUGAUUAGAUCGGAACAGAGAAACUGUUGUGUUUGGAGUGAUUUCUCUGCAUCAUCUACAGAUGUGGUAUAGGAAUUAACGGCACCGCUCCAAAUCUACUUAACUGUACUCUAAAUGUUGCUAGUGAAUCAACUGUGUCAUUUUGUAACCAACUGCAAAUGUGAAUUUAAAACUGUGCCAAAUACCAAACUUUGUAACAGUGCCAUUGCUAAUCUGAUUUCACAUUUUUACUUUGGUGUUCAAAAUUAUUGGUGGUAUUCUUAUUAAAUGCAUUCAUGUGCCUUGCA